CUGCCGAGGUCGUCUCGGGUGAGGGGGUCGCGCCGGAAGUGGCUGUGCGGCGCGCCUCGGUGUUGGUAGGAAGCUGCGGGAGGAGUUUAGUCAUUCAAGGGGGUGCGGCAGCUUUGGGUGUUCUUCUCAGCCCCCUGCUACAGCCAUGGCGAAAGGCCGUGUCGCCGAGAGGACGCAGACGGGGGCGCGGCACUCGACCCCAGUGGGGGACCGGGCAACGGGGACGCGCUGUUCCGCCACGCCAGGCAGCGGAGAGCACCUGAAGGACAAACCUUGUGCAGAAGCUGGUUCAGCAAGAAUGUCACUCCUUAUACUGGUGUCCAUUUUCUUAUGUGCAGCUUUUGUUAUGUUUUUGGUAUAUAAAAAUUUUCCUCAGCUUAGUGAGUUUUGUCUUGUGAAAAUUCCACUUUUUGAUGUUUUGAUCCUUAACUUAGAAGUUAACAGUCUGCAAACAUUUGCUAUUCCAGGCUCCAUUUUCCUCAGCAUACUCUCGGGGUUCCUUUACCCAUUCCCACUAGCCUUAUUCCUUGUUUGUUUGUGUUCUGGACUUGGUGCCUCCUUCUGCUACAUGCUCUCCUAUUUAGUUGGAAGACCUGUUGUAUACAAAUACCUGACAGAGAAGGCAGUAAAAUGGUCACAGCAGGUAGAGCGUCAUAGAGAACAUCUCAUUAACUACAUUAUCUUUUUGAGAAUCACACCAUUUCUGCCUAAUUGGUUUAUUAAUAUAACAUCUCCUGUGAUAAAUGUGCCAUUGAAAGUAUUUUUUAUUGGCACUUUUCUAGGUGUUGCACCUCCCUCUUUUGUAGCAAUUAAGGCAGGAACAACUCUAUAUCAGCUUACGACAGCAGGGGAAGCUGUUUCCUGGAACUCAGUAUUUAUUCUGAUGAUUUUGGCUCUUCUUUCUAUUCUGCCAGCCAUCUUCCAAAAAAAACUAAAACAGAAAUUUGAGUAAAAAUCGUGGGUUUUUGUUUAUCACUACCACCACCAACGUCACUACCAUCACCACCAUCUCAGGAAUAACAGGUGUAUCCAUUUUAUGUUUUGAAAUCAGCUCUUCAGUAACUGAAAGAAGGAUUUGUAAAGUAAACUGUCCUACAAAGAUUGUCAGACUAUGAGAAGUGCUGUCAUCAGAUUUGUAGGUGUAACCUAAACAUCACUGUUCCAAGAGUAGCUGAGAUAGCAUCCGUGUGCCCUUGUCUUGGGAUUCUUAUUCGAAAUGAAUCAUUGAAUUGAAUGUUUUUUUUUCUUUUCUGUCUGACUAAUAACUAAAGUAGUGAACUCGGGUACAGUGGCACAUACGUGUAAUCCCAACUGCUGAGGAGACUAAGGCCAGAGGAUUUCUCGUUUGAGACCAGCUUGAGCAAUGCCACAAGACCCUAUAUUAAUGUAAAAUAAGGAAUAGUAAAAUAAAAAAAAAGUUUAGAGCAAAAACUGAAUACUUGAUGCAAAUGGGAGGUUUUAAAUUCUUUCAGACAGCACUUUACGUAGGCCAGAGAAUGUAGCAAGGAUAAGUAUUUAAGUUUAUAGAGGUUUAUCAUGAAUUAGUUUGAUAAUUUAAACUGUUUUCAUCCUUUUUACAGUAUUCCACCAUACAUAUAUAAAAUGAGACUUCUAUGCCUGUAUCAUAUUGGUGUCAAUAAUGUAUAUUCAGAUAAUGAUAUUUUGUUACAGCGUCUUUAUUAUCUCAAAAGGGUUCUGAAAGUAAGUACUCAAAACAGAGUUUUUAGACAUUAAUCAUUUUAUAAUGAAACAUCUGGUAGAAGCAUUAGUGUUUAAAUCUAGUUUAUUUGUUUCAAUAGCUGUAAAUUUUGCCACAUUAAUAUAUUUGCUCAUUAAAGAGUGUAUUGUGUAAUUGCCUUUCAUGCAUGAUACAUCUGUGCGAUUGCUUGUUGCCUUUCCUCUGAUGACUUCCUUUUGGGACAGUUUAGUACAGUUUCCCACCUGUAGAGCUUUUAUUUUCUCACCUCAUGAAGAGAAACAAUUUCUACAUGGUGAUUAUCAUCUCUACCAUUUCUUGGGAGAGACUCCUUUUGACUUCUUUGCUUACCAGGACAGAGUGAUCUAAAGCACUCUAAGAUCCAGUUGGUGUGUUAAACAAUCGCUAUAGCAGUGUGCAAACCCUUGUGUUUUUAUUCGUAGUCCGAUCAUCGAAGUCCGUUUCUCCUGCAUAACCUUUUUCUGUCACAGUAUUAACAUGUGGAUAUAUUACAAAUAUAAGGAAAAUGAUUGA